AUGGUUGAGAACAUCAACAUGGAUCUAAAGGCACCUUGGCUUAUCAAAGAAAUAAUUCAAGCAAGAGAGCUAGUAAUGGAACUUCAAACUCACCUUAAUCCUUCUUCUUUUUCUGGUAACGUCUUAGUAACCAAAAUAUUAUCCAUCUUUGAGAAUUCUCUUUCGAUACUGAAUCAAAUAAAGACGGAAAAUGAAACUACUACUCCCAACUCUUCCAUGGGUCAGUCCGGAGGGAGCCUUUUUAGCAAUUGCUCUUCUGAUUUUUUCCAAGAAGGUUCAAGAAAGAGGAAAGGGUUAGUAAGAUGGACACAACAAGUACGUGGUUGUGAACAAGCGGGGUUAGAAGGACCCCUAGAUGAUGGUUAUGGAUGGCGAAAAUAUGGACAGAAAGAGAUUCUUGGAGCCAAAUACCCUAGAGCUUAUUACAAAUGUAGUUACCGUACCAGUCAAAAUUGCUUGGCGAUGAAACAAGUUCAACGAUCCGAUCUAAACUCGUCUAUUUUCAAUGUCACGUAUAUUGGAAACCACAGCUGCACUGAGAUAUCAGAACUACUUUCAGGGAAAUAUACACCAAAUAAACAAGAACAUGGUCAUGCUCAUCGCCAAAUUUAUCAAGAACAAAGGGAAGAUAAAUCAUUAGAAGAAACGUAUAUAAACUUUCAAGAAUCAAGUGUUCAAACUGCAAACAACAAAGACAAACAGCUUGAGUCACAUCCUUCCUUUUCUAUUUAUUCUACUACUUCAUUAAUCUCGGCCAAUAUCCACAAUGAUGGCCUAGAAACUAGCCAAAAUCAUUUCGUAUCUACUUCAACUAAAAUGGAAAUCUAUUCUCCUACUACUACACACAUAAGUACUCCCACAACUGCAGGAUCCAACAAUAAAAUGCACGAUUUUGGAGGUUACCAUUGUGAAGGGGAGUUACUACAAACUAAUGAUGAUCCCCUUGGCCUUGAAGAACUUGAUCAAAUGAUUAUUUCACUAUUAGCUCCAAUUGCAACAUCAUCGGCUAACAAUGAUCAUCCGGUUCAAGGCUCUCCUUGGGAUUGGGAUUUCCCAGAAUCAUGUUAG